GCUAGGUCCUACCACCACCCUCAAGAUGUCCGUCCAGCACAAGAUCCUCCGCACGGCCAACGCGCCCACCACUCCCCCAGAUGAGACCGAGACAAGCGUCGCGCAGGCCCUGAUCGACCUCGAGAACAACGUCCCCGAGCUCAAGACUGAGCUUCGCCCCCUCCAAAUCUCAGCAGCACGUGAAGUCGAUGUCCGGGGCGGCAAGAAGGCCAUCGUCAUCUUCGUCCCUGUCCCUCAAUUGAAGGCCUUCCACAAGGUCCAGCAAAGGCUGACCCGCGAACUGGAGAAGAAGUUCUCUGACCGCCAUGUUGUUUUCGUUGCCCAGCGCCGGAUGCUGCGCAAGCCCACCCGGACGUCCCGUGUCAAGCAGAAGCGCCCUCGCAGCCGCACGCUCACGAGCGUGCACGAGAAGAUUCUGGAGGACUUGGUGUUCCCGACGGAGAUCGUCGGCAAGAGGACCCGGGUCGCCGUCGAUGGCUCGAAACUCUUGAAAGUUUUCCUUGACUCGAAAGACGCCACAUCACUCGAGUACAAGCUUGACUCGUUCUCGUCUGUGUACCGCCGGCUGACGGGGAAAGACGUUGUGUUCGAGUUCCCUGUGGUCGCGCAGGAGUAGGUGAUUUUGGGACUGGAUUCCGCCAUGCGCGCGUGAUAGGGCCGAUAUGACAUGUUCUGCGGUUGUACUACGAUCUCCCAAAAUAUAUGGCAUAUGCCCGUUAUGUGCAGCUCUUCUUUUCUCUUAUCUUUGGGUACGCUAGCGUAACUCCCUGAUGCUGUGAUCACGCCCAAGUUCCGGGAGUGUAUGUAUGAAUGAAUCGAGUUUGGUCCG